AUGGCUCCACUCUAUGACUUUGCAAAGAAUAUUAUUGUGGUGAUUACUAAAAUCACACCCGAGCUAGUUGAGUUUCUACAAGAUGAUUUCAAUUUUGAGUUGGUGUUGAGGUUACUUGAUAAUCUUAAGUUACAAGCAAAGGUUCGACAAUUAAAGGCACCACUCAGGUAUAAACAGUUGAUUGCAAACUUGUUCACCAAGUAUGUUUUGAACAGGGCCUUAGACAAACCACAGUUUGAAGACUUGGCAUUAAAGUAUAGCAACUAUGGGAAACCUUCCAUCGAAGGGCUUGAGUUCAACACUUCCACGUCGAAUGAUAUCAUUGCCAUCGCUGUUCACACAUCACCAAUUGGAAUGGAUUUAUCGCACGCUGUACAGAAUGUAUCAUCAAAGGAUUAUAGAAUUCAGUUUGAGCCAAUGUUUCAUAAGUUUGAAUUGAGCCAGCUCGACUCGUACUUCAAGUUCAAUCAUUUUUGGACUUUGAAAGAGGCAUUUACCAAGUUGAUUGGGUCUGGGUUGAAUGUGGAGUUGGCUGACUUUUAUUUCACGAUGGGCCCUGAUGAAGAGUUUAUUGAAGACAACUAUUGUGUGAUUAAAUGCCACCUGGGCAGUGGUGAGUUGAUUGUGAAAUGGUAUGACCAAAUUGCAACCAAUGCAGAAAAAUUGUUCCAAAAGAAGAAUGAAUUUGUUAAUAGUCUCACUAAUGAGUUUUAUUGCUACAGCACUGUCAUUGAAAGAGCACGCGAUGGUCGAUUACCAGUUAUUUGCUCUCUCGUCACACAAGAGCAGAUUGCAAAGAUUAAAACCUUUGAGGUUGAUUUUUUAGCAGUCUUGCAGCGUCAACUACAGAGCUGA